AACACCUUAUACAUGAAAUCUCAGCAUUCACACUAUACGGUAGCUUGUCAUUACGGUUAGCAAAACAGCUAUUCAAACCGGAUGACUCCUUGCAGUUAGAUUCCUAAAAUGAUUCUAGUUAUACGGGGAAAAGGUUGGCAACCGUGUUUAAUAUAAUGUCAUGUCUAGAUACAUAAAGACCUCUCAGAGAAUCUGCUAGUUUUCGUGGUAUCAAUGUGAGUGUUCCACCUCAGGUCCUGGGAGAUGGUAGAGCACAGGAAAUUGAAUGCCUUCACUGAAGCCACAGUGCUGUCCCUGAUGGUCCUUCCAGCUUUUCUGUAACUCUGCGCUGGAACGAUGAAUGGAUUGUCGGUUAGCGAGCUGUGCGGCCUUUUCUGUUGCCCUCCUUGCCCAAGUCGGAUUGCAGCAAAAUUGGCCUUCCUACCCCCAGAGCCCACUUAUACUUUACUGCCUGAACUGGACUCACCCCCGACCAUAACUUCAAACCAGAGUGAGACGGGUCUGCGUUCUCGGCUGGGUCGGAGAGGAGGAGGAGGAGGAGACAGGGGUGGAGAGGGCAGGUGGAAGCUCCAUCUGUCAGAGCGAGCUGAGUUCCAGUACUCCCAAAGAGAGCUGGACAGGACAGAAGUCUUCCUGACAAGCUCUAGUCGUGGGAACAAAGUGGGAUGCAUGUACAUCCGAUGUGCCCCCACAGCCAGGUACACAGUGCUGUUUUCACAUGGUAACGCUGUGGAUCUGGGUCAGAUGAGUAGCUUCUACAUCGGCCUGGGCACACGCAUUAACUGCAACAUCUUCUCCUACGAUUACUCUGGUUAUGGUGCCAGUACAGGGAAGCCGUCUGAGAAGAACCUCUACGCCGAUAUCGAUGCCGCCUGGCACGCACUGCGCACCCGAUAUGGAAUCAGUCCAGAGAACAUCAUCCUUUAUGGUCAGAGUAUCGGCACGGUACCCACUGUGGACCUGGCGUCGCGGUAUGAAUGUGCUGCCGUGGUCCUGCACUCCCCCCUCACCUCGGGGAUGAGAGUAGCCUUCCCAGACACCAAGAAGACCUAUUGCUUUGACGCCUUUCCAAACAUCGAGAAGGUGUCAAAGAUCACGUCUCCAGUGCUGAUCAUCCACGGCACCGAGGACGAGGUGAUCGAUUUCUCGCACGGCCUUGCACUAUUCGAGCGCUGCCCCAAGGCCGUAGAGCCGCUGUGGGUGGAGGGAGCCGGGCACAAUGACAUCGAGCUCUACAGCCAGUACCUGGAGCGCCUGCGUCGCUUCAUCAGCCAGGAGCUGACCGCCCAGUAUGCCUGAAAAUCCAGCAGUUCAAAGCUCAGUCCAGGUAAAACGAACACUCUAGUGUCAAUUCAAGGGCCUGCUUCAACAUUUUCUACUCUGUAGAAUCUGGUAAAUAUUAACAUGUAGACCUGGAUGGUUCAACAUCUUUGAAGCAGGGCCUUGUGGGUCCAGUAUAGCAGGGCAAAUCACCACAAACUGUAUUUCAUUAUUUCUUCAUAUUAUUGUAUUAUUAUUAUUAUUAUUAUAUUAUUAUUUCCUUUGCUCAAGGCAUCUACAUGGAGACUGCCAUAAGUGCAAUUUCUUAGAUUAGUUCUUGUUUCGUUCAAUAUUUUGGGCUGGAGGAAUCGAUUUUCUGCUCCUUCCUGUAUGUAUGUGCUCUCUGCUGGACAGAUUGGGUGUUUUGUCUGACCUUGUGGAGACCAUUAUAUGGGUCAAGUGUGUAUGUACUGAUUUAUUACUGACUCUUUCAAAUGCUAUUCGAACUCAAGCUCCUCUUUUUCCCCCAGUUCAGUUUUCUUUCUCUUUUCUCUAAAGCAUUCGGACCGGCAGCCAGCAGCAUCUUGUAUGUUGCCUGUUUGUGUUUAAAAGGACACGAACUGAGCGAUAAAUUUAGGCAGCCAUCAAUAUAACUUGGGUUACUGUGAAUCCACAAUAAUCAACCUUGAACUCGUACAAAAAAAAGUGAAAAAAGUUAACACACACACACACGUUUGUGAACGCAAUUAAAGUUCACAAGAACGUAGCUUCCAUCUUUCUCCACAAUGACACGUAGGUUAAGAGUAACUAGUGCUUUCUGUCUCUCCAUCUGAGCUUCUUUGUCAAUGUGCUUUCGCUUUCCCUUGACUCUCAUUCCCGUCUUACCCGAACACUUUAAAUCUUGUAUAUAUUUCCUGAAUAUCUCUCUCUCUCUCUCUCUCUCUCUCUCUCUCUCUCUCUCUCUCUCUCUCUCUCUCUCUCUCUCUCUCUCUGAAACACCAUUCGUGCAUCGCCUCAGCACCUCACCUCGUAAUUCACUACAACUCCAGCGAAUCAAGAACUUCUGUUUUCUCUUCCGAUCUCUCCGACGUCGUUCCGCUCUUCCUCCUCCUCAUAGCGACAGCGUCUGUAAAGCUUAAGGUGUCGAGAGGUUUUGAAUAUAAACACAUAAAACAAAAAAGAACAUUGCUAAUUUGUACAAUAUCCUUCCUCUUUUAGGUAUUUCUUAUUGCUGACUGUUUUUUUUAAGUACUCUUGACAUGAACAUUUCUCCCAGUUUAGCUAUACUUUUAAGACAUUUAAACACAUUUUAAGAACAUUACGAAGAACUCGCAGAUCUAUUUUUCUAAGAGUAAGUUUUUGCUCUAGUUCUCUAGUUUUGUCUAAAUCACAGCCAUUCUUAAGGGACUAGACAAUACAUUUUAUUGCUAUUUGGUUGAAGUAAAAAGAAGCUAAGUCAGCCAGAUCCCUCAGCUAAUUCUAUUUGACUUUAAAACUAAAGUGGCUUUUCGUUUGUGUAACAUUUUGGGGUAUCAAAGUGCAGUAAGAUCAAAAUUAUAAGCAAAAGCUGCAGGUUAACCGUGUGUGUAUUCCACCCUCUUCACUCCAAAUGGCAAUAAACUUCAACUUUAUGCUGCAGAUGUUUGGGACAAAACAUUUUAGAGACCCUCAGAUUUAAAAUGAUUAAUGUAUUAUUCUUUUUUUUUCCCCAGCUGCAAACACGUAUAAAUGUGUAGUCAUGUUUCCAUUGGUGAAAGAACUUUUUUUUUCCUUUUCUUUUUUUUCUUGGUGUAUCCUUUUCUUAGCUAAAGAAUGUAUGUGCUGUAAUGUAACUGAUUAAUAAAAGUGAUGAUGACUAUG